AUGAACCGUGAGGUGUUCAUCGACGACCACCUGAUCCCGCUGCGGAUCUUCUACCAGCGGCAUCACACAGACCCAGACAACGGGCUAAGCGACGAGCGUGCCGCGGUGCUGCUCUCCAUGUACGGGCCCAACAAGCUCAAGAGGCCGCCGCAGGAGAACAAGUUCAUCAGAUUCCUGAAGAACUUCUUCGGCGGGUUCGCGGUGAUGCUGUGGGUGGGCUCGCUGCUGUGCUUCAUCACGUUCAGCAUCCAGAGCAUCGAGGCGGACUACGACCACCUGUACCUGGGCGUGGUGCUGGUCACGGUGGUGAUCAUCACGGGGCUGUUCACGCACUACCAGCAGAGCAAGAGCGGCAAGGUGCUGGAGGCGUUCCAGAGCAUGCUGCCCGAGCAGGCCACCGUCAUCCGCGACGGCCGCAAGCUGGUCGUGUCCGCCGAGGACAUCGUGCUGGGGGACGUGGUCGACCUCAGAGCGGGCGACAAGGUGCCGGCCGACAUGCGCAUCAUCGAGUGCCAGGGCCUCAAGGUAGACAACUCGUCGCUGACGGGCGAGUCGGAGCCGCAGCCGCGCACGACGGAGCCGACGAGCGACGUGCCGUUCAACACGCACAACAUGGCCUUCUACUCGACGCUCGUGGUGUCGGGCACGGGACGCGGCGUCGUCGUCAGCUGCGGCGACUCGAGCGCCAUGGGCCGCAUCGCCGAGCUGACGUCGGGGCUGAAGUCGGCCGAGACGCCGAUCGCGCGCGAGAUCAAGCACUUCGUGCGCCUCAUCACCUGGGUCGCCAUCGCCGCCGGCUUCGUCAUCGGCGCGCUGUCGCUCAGCAUGGGCUACCACUGGCUCGACGCCGUCGUCAUCCUGAUCGGCAUCAUCGUGGCCAACGUGCCCGAGGGCCUGCUCGUCACCGUCACGGUCUGCCUGACGCUGUCGGCGCAGCGCAUGGCGCGCAAGAACUGCCUCGUCAAGCACCUGGAGGCGGUCGAGACGCUGGGCUCGACGUCCGUCAUCUGCUCCGACAAGACGGGCACGCUCACGCAGAACCGCAUGACGGUGUCGCACGUGUGGUUCGAGGGCGAGGUGAUGGCCGUGGACACGAGCGCCGAGCCGCGCUUCGACAACCUCGACGUCGCCGACGAGCAGUUCCUCGCGCUGGCGCGCGUCGCCAUGCUGUGCAGCCGCGCCGAGUUCGACGCCGAGCAGCUGGACCUGCCGGUGUACGCCCGCCGCGUCUUCGGCGAUGCCUCGGAGACCGCCAUCCUCAAGUUCCUCGAGGCAGCCCUCGGCGGCGUCGAAGAGUACCGCCAACAGCACCAGAAGGUCUUCGAGAUACCCUUCUCGUCAGACACCAAGUACCAGGUACUCGUCCACAACGAGGACGGGCCCUCGGAGUACCUGAUGGUGAUGAAGGGCGCCCCGGAGCGGCUGCUGGAGCGCUGCACCAGGGUGAUGGUGGGGGAGGAGGAGCACCCUCUGGACCACAAGUGGCGGCUGGCCUGCCAGGAGGCGUACGGCCAGAUGAUGGCCAUGGGCGAGCGCGUGCUCGGCUUCUGCGACCUGGCGCUGCCCCCAGACACCUACAAGCGCGGGUACGUCUUCGACGCCGAGAAGCAGAACUUCCCGCAAACGGGCAUGCGCUUCGUGGGCUUCAUGUCGCUCGUCGAUCCACCGCGCCCCGGAGUUCUCGAGGCGGUGCGCAAGUGCCGGUCGGCGGGCAUUCGCGUGAUCAUGGUGACGGGCGACCACCCCACGACGGCGGCGGCGAUCGCGCGCGCCGUGGGCAUCUUCACGGUGCAGCACAGCUUCGACUCGGGGGCGGCGCGGCGGUACGCGGAGGGGGCGCACGGCACGCCGACUCCCGACCUGCCCGGCCAGGCGCCGGCGGUCGCGCGCUACCCCUCGCUGCUGCAGGACCUCGGCACCUCCGUGGCGGCGCGCUACCCCUCGCUCGUCUACGAGCCGUACGCGGGCAUCUCGCGCCAGCCGUCGUUGCUGUCGGAGCGGCCGACCCGCGACUCCAACUGGCCGCCGCUCACCGCGCCGGGCCGGCAGGCGUCCGUCUUCCCGCAGCAGGACCAGCUGUCGCGGCAGGGAUCGCUGCUAUUCCCGCCCACCUCCCAGCCGCGCACCGCCGCCCUCAUACAUGGCGACGACCUCCGCGACUGGUCGUCGGAGGAGCUGGACAACAUCCUGAGCACGUACGACGAGUUCGUGUUCGCGCGCACGUCGCCCACGCAGAAGCUGAGCAUCGUGGAGAGCUGCCAGCGCCUGGGCUACAUCGUGGCCGUCACAGGUGACGGCGUCAACGACGCGCCCGCGCUCAAGCAGGCCGACAUCGGCGUCGCCAUGGGCGUCACCGGCUCAGACGUCGCCAAGCAGGCAGCGGACAUGAUUUUGCUUGAUGACAACUUCGCUACCAUCGUCACAGGCGUGGAGGAGGGUCGUGUGAUUUUUGACAACCUCAAGAAAUCCAUUGCAUACACAUUGACCUCCAACACGCCGGAGAUGCUUCCUUUCGCCGUCAGCGUCCUCGCAAAGGUGCCGCUGCCUCUGGGAAUAAUGGCGAUCCUGUGCAUCAACAUCGGCACCGACCUGUGGCCGGCCAUCUCGCUGGCGUACGAGCAGGCGGAGCAGGACAUAAUGACGCGCAGGCCGCGGGACCCGGUGCACGACAAGCUGGUCAACUCGCGCCUCAUCUGCAUCGCCUACCUCCACAUCGGGCAGCUGCAGGCCGCCGCCGGCUUCUUCGCCUACUUCACAGUCAUGGCACUCAACGGCUUCAUGCCCUGCCGCCUCUUCGGCCUCCUCGAGGAGUGGAACGCGAAGGGCAUCAAGGACCUACAGGACUCGUGGGGCCGCGAGUGGACGUUCGAGGCGCGCAAGGACCUGGAGUACAUGUGCCACACGGCGUUCUUCGUGGCCAUCGUGGUCGUGCAGUGGGCCGACCUGCUGAUCUGCAAGACGCGCAAGGUGUCGCUGCUGCAGCAGGGCAUGCGCAACUGGCCGCUCAACCUGGGCCUGCUCGUGUGCUCGGCCAUGGCGUGCUUCAUGGUGUACACGCCCGGCGUCAACACGACGCUGCGCCUGCGCCCGCUGCGGCCCGAGCUGUGGCUGUGCGGCUUGCCCUGGGCGCUGCUCAUCCUCUUCUACGACGAGGUGCGCCGCUACCUCAUCCGCAAGCACCCGGGCGGCUGGGUGGACCGCGAGUUCUACUACUGA